CAAUCAAUCAAUCAGGAAAUCCAAAACCAGAACUGAUUUCUGCAAAAAAAAAAUCCUCCCAACUACCACUCUCACACUUCCCGCAAAAUUCAAGCCAUCGCAACAAAAUUCUGAUUGAAGCCCAGCGAUUAUCGGUUAGGAAUUUCAUAGAUUUUGAGAGAAAUUCGACAAUGUCGUUCUCGUUCUUCAAGCAAUCGAGGCCUAGAACCCCGCAGGAAUUGGCGAAGGCGAUCAAGGAUAGUCUCGUGGCUCUGGACUCCAAAACUGUAGCUGAAGUCAAAGCCCUAGAAAAGGCUUUAGAGGAAGUUGAGAAGAACAUAGUGACAAUGAGAACCAUGUUGUCGGGAGAUGGCGAGAUUGAGCCAAAUUCUGAUCAAAUCGCACAGUUGACCCUUGAAAUCUGUAACGAAGACGUUAUUUCUCUUCUUUUUCACAAGUUACCUACUCUGGGAUGGGAAACAAGGAAAAAUAUAGUUCACUGUUGGUCGAUAUUGCUAAAGCAAAAGGUUGAUUCAGUGUUUUGCUGUGUACAAUACCUGGAGAACCAUCUGGAGUUGCUUGACUUCCUUGUCGUUUGCUACGAUAACAAGGAAAUCGCUCUGACUUGUGGGCAUAUGCUGAGGGAGUGUAUCAAAUUGCCGACUCUUGCAAAAUACAUAUUGGAGUCUCCCAGCUUUGAGUUAUUCUUCAAAUUUGUUGAGUUACCUACCUUUGAUGUUGCCUCUGAUGCAUUCGCUACAUUUAAGGAUUUGCUCACUAAGCAUGAAACUGCGGUUUCUGAAUUCCUGACUACUCACUACGACGAGUUUUUUGAGCAAUAUGAAAUACUUUUGGCAUCGGCUAACUACGUGACGAGAAGGCAGUCUUUGAAGCUUCUCUCGGACUUUCUUCUCGAGUCUCCGAAUUCCCAUAUAAUGAAACGCUACAUUGCAGAGGUUCGCCACUUAAAAGUCAUGAUGACAUUACUCAAGGAUUCUAGCAAAAACAUCCAAAUAUCCGCCUUCCAUAUUUUCAAGGUUUUUGUGGCUAACCCAAACAAACCUCGUGACAUAAAAGUUAUCCUUGCAAAGAACCACGAAAGGCUUUUGGAACUGCUCCAUAGUCUAUCUCCUGGCAAAGGUGCCGAAGAUGAUCAAUUUGAAGAGGAAAAGGAACUUAUAAUCAAGGAAAUAGAGAGAGUAUCUCGUCUUCCCAGGCUUGAUUCUUAGAGUUCUUAUAUUCAAGCUUAGCAUCUCCAACAUUGAAAAGUAAAAAGAAUUACCACGCAUUACGGAAAAAAAAACCCGAAGGUGGGGUUAAAUGGCCUGUAGCUAAUUAUGCUGUAUCAUAAGCUCUUCAAUUUGGAGAUAGGAUAAUGUUAACUCAUGUUCUUCAUAUUUGUCUAAUCUUGCUCUGUGUAUG